AUGCAGCAACGAGAAGAAAAUUUACAAAGGCAGUUAAGGGAGAUGCAACAACGAGAAGAAACCUCGCAAAGGCAGUUGAGGGAGAUGCAGCAACGAGAAGAAACCUCACAAAGGCAGUUGAGGGAGAUUCAGCAACGCGGUACAAACUCACUAAGGCCUUCGAGGGAAAUUCAGCAACGACUGGAGAACUUUCAACAACAGGUGUCCGUCUUAGAAAGACAGGUGAGAGAAAAAGACCAGGAAGUUAAUGAACUAGAGUUAAGUCUUUCGUCAGCCCAGCAAACAAUAAAUGACCUACAACGACAGGAAGAAUGCGACUGGGUCAUUUCCCGCGAUGAAAUUCAAAUGACCAACAAAUGCCUUGGCAGGGGAGGCUGGGGAAGUGUUUAUGAAGAUGUGUAUUGUGGCUGUACUGUAGCAGUGAAAAAAAUGCAUGAUCUGAUUCUCUCCCCUCACAAGAUACGUCUUUUCGAGAGAGAAAUGAAUAUUGCGUCCAAGUGCCGCCAUCCUCACUUGCUUCAGUUUAUCGGCGCCACCAACGAUAAGGGAACGCUCUGUUUAUUACGGAAUUGA